AUGCUCCAGGAUGAACCCCAGAAGCUAUGGAUUCCCGAGCGCGAUAAAUUUCUCAAGGAGUUCAUCAGACUUGAAGGGCGUGGAGAAGCCACAUUGUAUCAGGCAUGCCAAGGCUUGCCUGGGUGCUUGAAUGAACCUGUUGUGCGCUGUAGGGAUUGUGAAGGAUCUCAGUUGUACUGUCAAGGAUGUAUUGUCAUACAGCACACUGUGAUGCCUUUGCAUCACAUGGAGAUAUGGACUGGUUUGUAUUUCCAGUGCAUUUCGCUCCAUGAUCUCAGCCACUGUAUCCAACUUGGUCACCCUCCAGGACUCCAGUGUUGUAACCCUUCCCUAGCCUUUGAUGAUGAUUUCGUCGUUCUGGAGAUAAACAGUAUUCAUAGAGUCGCACUCAAUUUUUGUAACUGCGCAACAGCACAGACACACAACAUUCAGCUGUUGCAUGCAUGCUGGUACCCAGCUACAACUACCAACCCAUGGACAGCUGCAAUGUUCCAACUGCUCGACCAUUUUCAGAUGUACACGUUUGAGUCGAAAGGCUCAGCAUUCGAGUAUUAUCAGUUGCUCGCACGUCUGACAGACAACACUGGCACACGUCAACCAAAGGGUCGCUAUGAAUCAUUCUUGCAUAUGAGUCGCCAACAUCCUGGCCACGGCCAUGACCCUAACGGGGUUCUUGGAACAAAGGAGGGAGAGCUCGCAGUGCUUUGCCCGGCCUGUCCUCAGCCAGGGAGGAAUUUACCUGCAGAUUGGGAUAAUGUUCCACUACAUAUGAAGUGGCUCUAUGGAUUGUUUCUUGCUAUUGAUGCAAAUUUUCGAUUCCUCAGUAAUGGCUGGGCAUAUUUCAUGGAACAGUCUAGUUUCAAGGAGGUACUUGAAGCUUCUGGCACUCAGGUACAAGAGAAAAGUUCUUGUGCCAGUCACAAUGCAGUCAACCUUGCUGACACAAAGAAUGCACGUGGGAUGGCAGCCACAGGAGUUGGUGCUAUCGUCUGUGCAUGGCACAAUCUGACUCAUCCAUCAUUGGUCAGCAACCUGCAAAAAGGAGAAAAAUAUGUCAACAUGGACUACAUCUUCUUUUCGACCUUACAGCAUGCGAGCACUGUUGAUGUGCUCAAUAUCUCUUAUGACAUUGCAUGUCAAUGGAGCAAGCACCUUUGGACCCAAAUGUUACAUUACCCUUCAAGAAUGCACUUGCAGCCUGACGACAAAGUCUUAACAUUUGUAGUCCCAAAGUUCCACCUACCUGCCCAUAUUCUUUCUUGUCAGACUAAGUAUUCCCUCAACCUUAUUAAGGGCAUGGCAAGGACAGAUGGCAAAGCCGUGGAAUGUGGCUGGUCCAAUAUCAACCCCAUUGCUACCAGCACAUGGGAAAUGGGUCCAGGGUCAAGACAAGACAUCCUCGAUGAUCAUUUUGGGGAUUUAAACUGGUGCAAAGUAUGCAAUCUUGGUCCAUUUCUUUUAUGGAAACUUAAGGAAGCUAUUCCAGAACGCGAGCAACAUAUCCUCGACUUACAGGACUUUGAAGAGGCAAUCCCUCCAGCAAGCCUUAGUGAAUGGCGGAUAAUGAUAGUCAAGUGGGAGACGGACUUCACUAUGCAAGCAUCCGUCAGGCUUGAACUAUCGCAACUUGAAGGGCAACAACUCACUGAUGGUGUUGAUUCCUCCCUGCAUCCAGAGGUAUCCCCUAGUGUGCUAAUAGCUGCAGGUAUUGAUUUGGAAUCCCUGCAACAGCGCCUAGCCAUAGAUAUGGCAAACAUUGGCACUCAUGCCACAGAUAAUCAACUCUCUCUUCUGCAACAACAAAUGAAUGCACUCCACCGCUGUAUUGAGCAAUGGGUGCAGAUACAAACAUUGUAUAUGCCAUGUUCACCUGACACGCCCAACAUGCCUGAAGAGGCAGUGCACUGUAUUAAAUUAUGGUUGCCUUCGGCUGUGGUGAAUCUGGGUAUAGCUUGUGAUGUCAACCUUUGUCAGAUCAAGUGGAAGCUGCGCUGUGCCCAGGCACAUGAUGGUCUGCAAGAACUUCCCCAUACAAGGUCACAGGCCAUUAUUGAUACUGUCCAACUGAAGAUAGACACUUGGUUUGCCCUGGAGUCCCUUGCCAUUAACCUUUCAAAACUCACCUGGCAGAUUGAGUUUCCGAAACUUGAUGAUGCUGAUAUCUGGGGCAUGACAAAAGGACAGGCAGGAGGGGAGGUGGAAAUGGAAGGUCAAAGGUUAGUAUUGGUUUCUUGGAUCUGGAAGCAACAUCAUGGUGCAGGUGAAGAAGAGCUUUUGGAAGUCAUGCACAUCGAAUGGUGCAAAGCUCGUGCAUGUGCUAACAGAUGGGCUGAAGAGGUUGUACUCUUGCAGGAGGAGAUGAGGCGUGUUGUUGCCUACUUUGAUUGGCAUGCAAUGUGGUGGGAUAAGCGACUUGAUUACCAUUCAAUAUACUUGCUUGCCUCACUACCACUGGUGACAACAGAGUGA